AUGGACAAUGGAUACACUCGCUUUGUUGUUAGGGAUGCUCGUCUCCGAAGUGCCCACUACGUCGUGGGAACUGUUUCUGGGCCGGUCCAGAACCUCAAAGUGGGAUCUAUUGCAUUUAGGGAGGAUUGUGAUGAUGAUUUAUCUUUUGCAGUUGUUGGCCAAGCCAAUCCAGAUGGGACGCUUUUCAAUCCUACUGAUAGGACUCAUGUCCCUUUCCCCAGCCAACCCCAAAAUACAGUCCCUGGGCAAAGUGCUCAUCGCCCCAAAAACGUGAUCUGGUUCGGGGAACUCGUGCGCCCAUCACAGACUCCGGAGGGUCAAUAUACAAUGACACCUAUGACGAACUUGAUGGAAUACUUCAAGCUCGGAGACAUCGAAUUAGACGGAUCGAUAGACGAAGAUUCUCUGGACUUUUUCAAAGAUACUUAUCAUAUUGCGUUUGUCGCCAAAGACCUCGAGUCUGAUCCAUCGACACAUACAAACUCAUCAUGCUACUUGUGUCUCAUGAUGGGCUGGGCUGGAUCACCUCCCACAGAUGAAUACUACCAUGCUUGGCGAUACCGUGGCCUGGGAGGUACAAUCUGCUCUCCCGCUAUAAAUGCGGGUGGAACCGUAGCACUGUUAUGCAAGAAGGAGGACGGAUACGCUGCUGACAAGAACCGAAUCGUACUAGUGACAAAUUUUCAGACAGGAGAAAGCAGAGAGAUAUUUGCGUCCGCUGAUGGCAAGGGACAAUGGAAUCUUAGCCCAUCGGCAAUUUCAUUUGCCUCUACCGAAUCCCUAUUGAUUCAGGUCAACCAAGACGGACGUCAAGUACUCUACCAGCUCAACCUGAAGUCUUGGCCGAACCAGCCGACUCCAGCCGACUUGAAGUUAUUUGACGGACUGAUCCCGUUCGGUUCGGUUCUGGAUGUCACAACCCUACCUGGGAAAGCAGAACAGGUUCUAGUGUCUUGCGACAGCUUUGUUCACAGCAGACAGUUAAUCAUUCAAGAUCUACCGGCUCAAGUCUCUCGCCCUUUACUCCCAUCAGCCCUCGGUCAAGAGACCUUUGGUCUUACAGAAAGACAAGUUGAUCAAAUAUGGUUUCUGGGUGACGAACAGCGCCAGAUCCAUGCAUGGGUGAUUAGGCCGUCGUACUUCAAUCCAAAGCAGAAGUAUCCCCUGCUCUAUAUCAUCCAUGACGGUCCACAAGAUAGCUGGAGACAAAGCUGGGACAUGCGCUACCAUCUCGCGCUUUUCGCCGAGCACGGCUACAUCGUCGUGGCACCAAAUCCCACAGGAAGUACCGGCUACGGGCAUGAGUUCACUGAUGCCGUACACGGCUCAUGGGCUGGAAAACCGUACUCAGACCUAGAAAACGGGUUUGAUUAUAUCUGCCAGUCCCUUGAGUACGUCGACACUGAGCGUGCGGUGGCGCUCGGUCUCGGUUACGGAGGUUACAUGGUCAACUGGAUACAGGGCCACAAUUUGGGCCGCAGGUUCAAAGCAGUAAUCUCAGAUAACGGCACCUUCAAUCUGCUCUCUCAUCUAGCUAGCAGCACACAGCAUUCGAUUUUGCAUGGGCUGGGCGGACCACCUUGGCUGAAUCCAGAGGAGUGGAGGAAAUGGGACCCUGCACAACAUGCCGGGAACUGGAAGACGCCACAAUUAAUCAUCCACGGGGAAUUCAAUCAUCAGCAUCCUGUCUCUGAAGCUUUAGCUGCAUUUAACACCUUAAAUUUGCAGUCAGUUAAGACUGAACUGCUGUGCUCUCUCCCUCGCACCAUGAAGAAUAUGACCUACAUUUCCGUUGUCCGCAAGGCGCUGGGUUAUAAAAUGAUCGGUGAUAGCAGCGACGCCGUCUGGGGUGUAAUGGAUAUGGUUCCCCGAACAAACUUCCCAGAUAUUCGCAAAAAGUCCACUCUUCGCUCAAAGGCUGGGAAUAUCCUGAUCAUCCCCCGCGAGGGUGAGAACAUAAACUUGACGCGCUUCUAUAUCGAACUUGCACCGGGAAUCAAUCCUAAGGAUGUGACCUUGGAGAGCCUACAAGAACAAGCGCAGGCUAUCUUCCAUCCAUACAAGGUUGACUUCGCCGAGACCGUAUGGUGGUCAGCGUACUCCAUCGGUCAGCGUCAGGCUGACUGCUUCCACAGAGAUCAUCGAGUCUUCCUGGCUGGCGAUGCCUGCCAUACCCAUUCCCCCAAGGCUGGUCAAGGAAUGAAUGUCAGCUUGCAGGACGGGUACAACAUUGGCUGGAAUUUGGGCGAAGUUUUGACUGGCCUGGCCACUCCAUCUCUUCUAGAAACCUAUGUCCUAGAGAGAUAA